AUGGGGCUCUUUGGGAUGGCGCUGAGCUAUCUGCUCUUCUCGGUGCUGCACUUUUUCCAGUUUGUUAUGGGACUGGUUGUCAUUGGCCUCUAUGGCAAGUACCUCGACAGAGCACGCAAAGCUCAUGUCUACGCCGACGGAAAAUGGGUCUACGCCGUUGUGGUCGGCGCCCUCUCCUCCCUGACCGCGCUGCUCUACUUGGUCCCAUUCAUUCUUCGCUUCGCCGUUGUUCCGGCCUGGAGCUUUAUUAUUUUCGUUCUGUGGUGUGCCGUCUUUGGCAUCUUUGGCAAGAUGUACAUUCACGAAGAUCCCGAGGGCAACGGCGACAUUACUCUCAUGAAGAACGCCGUCUGGGUCGAUCUGGCCAACUUGAUUCUAUGGCUGCUUGGCACCAUUGGCAUGGCGGCCUACUGGUGGGCACACAAGGAGCGUCACAGUCGCUUCACUGGCCGUGCCAACCUCGGCCGCAACGCGUCCACUCGCUCGUCUGGCUGGAGGAAGUAG